AUGAAGUUUUCCGCUACUCUUGUCGCUGCGGCGGCUACCGCUGCCAGCGCCAAGCUUGAGCCCAUCACCAUGAAGGGUUCUAAGCUCUUCUACACCAACGGAACCCAGUUCUUCAUGAAGGGUGUUGCCUACCAGCAGGAUACCGCCGCCGCCGGUCAGACCAACGACAAGGCGACUAAGUACAUUGAUCCUCUUGCCGACGAGGAAGGUUGCAAGCGUGAUAUUCCUCUCCUCAAGGAGCUCGGUACCAACAUCAUCCGAACCUACGCCAUUAACCCCAAGGCCGACCACAAGGCUUGCAUGAAGUUGCUCGACGAUGCCGGUAUCUACGUUGUCUCCGAUCUUUCUGAGCCCAGCGUCUCUAUCAACCGAGACGACCCCAAGUGGGAUAUUGAGCUGUACGAGCGCUACAUUGGCGUUGUCGAUGAGCUUGCUCAGUACGACAACGUUGUCGGUUUCUUUGCCGGUAACGAGGUCUCCAACAACGUCAGCAACACUCAGGCUUCCGCCUUUGUCAAGGCCGCCGUCCGUGACACCAAGGCCCACAUCAAGAGCAAGUACGACCGCUGGUUGGGUGUUGGUUACGCCUCCAACGAUGACGUCGAUAUUCGUGAAGAUAUUGCCGACUACUUCAACUGUGGCAAGGAUGAGGAGCGCAUCGACUACUGGGGUUACAACAUCUACUCUUGGUGUGGUGAGAGCAACAUGAAGGACUCUGGUUACUCUGACCAGGCCAAGUUCUUCAAGGACUACUCUGUCCCUGUCUUCUUCGCUGAGUACGGUUGCAACGAGCCCGGCGGUGCUGCCGAGCGUAUCUUCGACGAGACCACUGCUCUCUACGAGGAGAAGGAGAUGGUUGAUGUUUUCAGCGGUGGUAUCGUCUACAUGUACUACCAGGAGGCCAACGACUACGGUCUGGUCAAGGUUAGCAAGAGCGGUGCUGCUGUCAAGCAGAAGGACUUUGCCCAGCUCAAGAAGAAGGCGAACGCUGCCCACGCCACUGGUGUUGACGAGAGCGACUACAAGCCUUCUGCCAAGGCUGCCACCUGCCCCAAGCAGUCUGAGUCCUGGAAGGUUAACGCCCAGCUCCCUCCUACUCCCGACUCUAACCUCUGUGACUGCAUGAAGAAGAGCCGAAGCUGUGUCCCCGCUGAUGACCUCAAGGCCAAGGACUUCAACACCAUCUUCGGUUACAUCUGCGGUGAGAACGAGAAGAUCUGCACUGCCAUCAACGGUAACGCUACUACCGGUGUCUACGGUGCUUACAGCAUGUGUGACAACGAGGCCAAGCUCGCCUACAUUCUCGAUGCCUACUACAAGGACCAGAAGAAGGCCGCCGACGCCUGUGACUUCAAGGGCAAGGCCACCACCCAGAAGGCCGAGAAUGAGGACUCUUGCCAGUCUGCUCUCGCGUCUGCCAGCAAGCUCAACGACGAGGUUGCCACUGCCACCGCUGCCGUUGGAGCUUCUAACACCGAUAGCUCCAGCAGCGAGGAGGACGACGAGAGCUUCGGUCUCCAGGCUGCCUCCAUUGCCCGUGUCUUCUCCCUCGGCGACUACGCUGUCGGUGCUUACAUGGCCGUUGCUGGUGCCGUCGGUGCCGGCAUGGUCCUUCUGUAA